AUGAUGAAAACCUGCGGUUCCCCAGAAAAUAAAUUGUCACCUUUUUGGAUCACCUUAGUUUUCACAAUUAUAGGCGCUGAAUGCAUCAUUGGUAUCUUUGCAAAUGGAUUCAUCGUGGCUAUAAAUGCAGCUGAAUGGAUUCAGAAUAAGGCAGUUUCCACAAGUGGCAGGAUCCUGCUUUUCCUGAGCGUAUCCCGAAUAGCUCUCCAAAGCUUCCUGAUGCUAGAACUUACCUUCAGCUCAACAUCCCCAAGUUUUUAUAAUGAAGAUGUUGUAUAUGACACAUUCAAAGUAAGUUUCAUGUUCUUAAAUUAUUGUAGCCUCUGGUUUGCUGCCUGGCUCAGUUUCUUCUACUUUGUGAAGAUUGCUGAUUUCUCCUACCCCGUUUUCCUCAAGCUGAAGUGGAGAAUUUCUGGAUUGAUGCCCUGGCUUCUAUGGCUAUCAAUGCUUAUUUCCUUGGGCAACAGUGUGGUCUUCUUCAAAGACAUCUACACCGUGUAUUCUAACAAUUCUUUUCCUAUCCCCUCCUCCAACUCCACUGAGAAAAAAUACUUCACUGAGACAAAUGUGUUCAAUCUGGUUCUUUUCUAUUACCUGGGGAUCCUCAUUCCUCUGAUCAUGUUCAUCCUUGCAGCCACCCUGCUGAUCAUCUCUCUCAAGAAACACACCCUAUACAUGGAAAGUAAUGCCACUGGCUUCAGGGACCCCAGCAUGGAGGCUCACAUGGGGGCCAUCAAAGCUACCAGCUACUUUCUCAUUCUCUACGUUUUCAAUGCAAUUGCUCUAUUUCUCUAUAUGUCCAACAUCUUUGACAUCAACAGUUCCUGGAACAUUUCGUGCAAAAUCAUCAUGGCGGCCUACCCUGCUGGUCACUCCAUUCUACUGAUUCAGGACAACCCUGGGUUGAGAAGAGCCUUGAAGAGGCUUCAGGCUCGAGUUCAUCUUUACCUAAAAGACUAG